AUGUCCCAAAACAAUCUGUAUGGCACGGACAAGACGUGGACGGCUGCGGACUAUGCCAUUGGACGGAAAAUGAAUGGAUACUGGGCCAACUUUAUCAAGACAGGCAAUCCCAAUGGAGGAUCCCUGGCCCAAUGGCCUGUCACGGAAGAGAACGCGACGGUGCAGCAUUUGUUCGAGGAGUGGUUUGAGACACUGAAGACAUACUGA